UCAUCAGUACUGGACCAAACACAGUGAAGGCGCGACACAGCGCUGCUUUCAAAAGUGUUGCAUACGCCGUUUUUGUCUCGAUUCUACGAAGUAAUUACAACCCGUAUGGCGUAGCUGGUGUUACAGGACAUUGCCUGUGUCGGUGCUGUCAUGACUCAGUCAGUUGUUGUCCAAGUCGGACAGUGUGGGAACCAGGUCGGUUGCAGAUUCUGGGAUCUGGCUCUGCGCGAGCACGCACACGUCAAUAAGAGAGGAUUAUACGACGAGGCCCUCAGUAGCUUCUUCAGGAACGUGGAUUUGAGGAAAAGUGAUGGUGGAGACUGUUGUGUUGGAGGGAGGAUCCAACAUCUGAAGGCCAGAGCGGUCCUGAUUGAUAUGGAGGAGGGCGUGGUCAACGGGAUCCUGCAGGGGCCACUGAGGGAGGUGUUCGACAGCACUCAGCUCCUCACAGACGUGUCUGGUUCAGGCAACAACUGGGCUGUUGGCCACCUGACGUACGGCUCAGCCUACAGGGAGGCGAUAGUGAACAAACUGAGGAAGGCAGCAGAACACUGCGACUGUCUCCAGUGCUUCUUUCUCAUUCACUCCAUGGGAGGAGGUACAGGGUCCGGUCUGGGGACCAGAGUCCUCAGCCUGCUGGAGGAAGAAUUUCCUGACGUUUGUCGCAUUGUCACCGCCAUGUAUCCAUCAGCAGAAGAUGAUGUCAUCACAUCUCCCUACAACAGUGUCCUUGCCAUGAGAGAGCUGACGGAGCAUGCAGACUGUGUCCUUCCUGUGGAAAACCAGUCUUUGGUGGACAUCGUGAACAAGAUCAGUGUUAUGUCUCAUGGUGCAAAACCCGGGUCGGCGCUAAGAAAAGACAGCACUGUGACUUCUGGACAGGGCUCCCUCAGUCCAACAGAGAAGCCCUUUGAUGCAAUGAAUAACAUAGUGGCCAACCUGCUCCUGAAUAUUACCAGCUCUGCGCGUUUUGAGGGCUCCCUCAACAUGGAUCUGAAUGAGAUUGCCAUGAACCUGGUCCCCUUCCCUCGUUUGCACUACCUUGUGCCCAGCCUCACACCCCUGUACACGCUGGCGGAUGUCAACAUUCCCACUAGAAGAUUGGAUCAGAUGUUCAGCGACGCCUUCAGCAAAGAUCACCAGCUAAUCCGAGCCGACCCGAAGCGCAGUCUCUAUUUGGCCUGUGCUCUCAUGGUCAGGGGCAACGUGCAGGUCUCCGAUCUCCGCAGGAACAUCGAGAGACUGAGACCAUCGCUGCCCUUUGUGUCGUGGAAUCAGGAGGGCUGGAAGACUGGCCUGUGCUCUGUGCCCCCUGUAGGACACUCCCACUCCCUCCUAGCGCUGGCCAACAACACCUGCGUGAAGCCCACAUUCAUGGAGCUGAGAGAUCGUUUUACAAAGCUCUACAGAAAGAAGGCCCACCUACACCACUACCUUGAUGUGGAUGGGAUGGAGCAGAGUAUCUUCUCUGAGUCUUUGUCCUCGCUCAGUGCACUGAUUGAUGAGUAUCAUCAACUGGAUGCCACCAAAGCCAGACUCAUACCCGAUGCACAAAGACUCUCCAUCGCCAGAUGAAGAUCCACUCACACAUUUAAAAAAAAAAAAAAAAAUGUACACAAAAAAAGCUCUCCUUUGUAAAUGGGACAUAAUAUUUAAUUUAUGACAUGAAUAAAAAGCUUAUUUUUCUGUAGAAAUAAACACAAAUGCAGUGGAAGAA